CGCAAGCUGCCCUUGGCUGCGAAUCCGCAGAUACCCCAGGCUAAUUCAGUUCUCCCCCCACCUGUAAUUCACUGUUACCCCCUCCUCUUUAGCCAUGUCCGCUCAGGGCAGUUCUGAUCCGCUAAAGGACCCAGGUGCGACGCCGAAGUCAAAAAAGAAGAGGAACAAGAAGAAAGGUGGCGGUGGGGGAAAUAAAGCGGAGAUAACCAAUGGCGAUGGAAAUCAUGAGAAACGCGAAGUUGAGGAGGAGGACGGAGAGGAAGAUGAGCAGGUGAAACUUCCUGCACCAGCCAAAGAUCCUGACGACGUUGACGACGAAGAACACCCCAUCUCCUCUACAGCGCAAGCGAACGGAACGACUUCACACUCGAUAUCAUCUACCGUAGCUCUAGGCCUUGCCCGGUCUCGCUCACAGGGCGGUCUAUCGCCAUCUCCCCCACCGCCAUCUGACGCUGCCGCCCGCCUCGACGCUUUGGCUAAGGAGCGCGAUACCCUACGGCAAGAGGUGACUGAACUGAGGAAAAGCUUGGAGAGUAUACAAGAGAAACAUGAAGAGGAGACUAGUAAUUUGCAAAGCGAGCUAGACGAGGCGAAUGAAAGCAAGGAACAUUUUGAGACUCAAUACAGGAAUUUGUUAGGGAGAGUGAACACAAUUAAGAGCUCUCUGGGUGAUCGGUUAAAAGCCGAUGCGGCAAGGCUGGAGGAAGCUCAAACUCGUAUAUCCGAACUUGAAGACCAAAAUCGCGAGCUCCAGGAGAGUAACGACACAUUGACCGAGGAAACCUCCAGGCUCCGGCAAGAAAACGAAUCACAAGCGUCAGAAAUUUCAAGCCUUCGUAACCGAGCAACUUUGUCGCAGCAAAACUGGAUUAAAGAGCGUGACGAUCUAAUCUCACGGGAGGCGUAUGCGAGAGAGGAGUUUGAGAAUGCUAAGCAGGCAAUGCAGGACUGGGAAGUUCUUGCUAUGGAUGAACGCUCGCUCCGGGACAACCUUGGGGAAAGGGUAGUAGAGUUGGAAGAGCAGCUCGCUUCCCUGAAAGAAGCAUACGAAAAGGCUGCCGGUGAGCGAGACACGAAUAGUCAGGCCGUAGAUGGCCUGCAGAGGGCAUUACAACACGAACAUAACGAGCGCAGAGUUGAGCUUCGACGUUUGGUUGAGACUUAUCAAUCGGAGACAGAUGAACUUCGUAAGCAGCUUCAAGCAGCGGAAGAGACUGCAACAUCAUCCAAAGCCACCCUGGAAGCCACGCAAAAGGAACUUGAAAGAGCGUUACCAUUUGAGAAGGAAGUUAAAGAGAAAAACCUCCUUAUCGGAAAACUACGGCACGAAGCCGUGGCGUUGGGCGAGCACCUUACGAAGGCACUUAGGAUUUUGAAGAAGGGGCGACCGGAGGACAACGUCGACAGACAGAUUGUCACAAACUAUAUCCUCCACUUCCUUGCCAUUGAUCGCUCGGACCCAAAGAAAUUUGAAGCUCUACAAUUGAUUGCGGCCUUGCUGGGUUGGACCGAUGAGCAACGUGAACAAGCCGGCCUCGCUCGUCCUGGCGCAUCAAGCAACAGUCUGCGCAUUCCCAUGUCGCCUUUCAGGCGUGUACCGUCGACGCCAUCUCUCAAUAGCACCGACCCUAUGUUAAUGGCGAGCAGCUCCAGUAACAAGGAGUCGCUAGCGGAGCUAUGGUCCGACUUUUUAGAACGCGAGGCCGUCGAAGGCGACCGUUCGCGAAGAGGGAGUCAAGCAACCUCACCUCCGCCAAGAAGCGACACAGGCUCAGGUCUAGGGAUCAGCGAGAAGUGAGGAUGAAGGGGAAGUGUGGGAGCAUGUUCUUGUAUUAUAUAGAUACCUUUUGGCUGCAUAUCUGGCUAUCAUGGCGGGUAAAUGGGUUUCAGCGGAUCGCGGCAUGACGUCCACAAUUCGAAGAGUGGAUCUUGGAGUUCGGCUUCUUUCCCAUGCAUGGCAGUAGUUUGCUUAGAU